CAACCGUAUCUUUCCCCGUCUUCUUCGAUAGAGAGAAUCUAGGGUUUGGGAGAUGAGCAGUCGAUUUCGUCCGAUCCCCAGCACCACAUCUGCGUGAGCCUCUGAAAUCUUCUGGUUUUAGUGGCGUCGAUUUGCUUGAGGAGACAAUCGAAGAGAUUCCGGUGACGACGAUGGUACAUUGUUAAGUACGAUUCUCACUAUCGUGUUACUUUUUUUCAGAGCAAGGGAAGGAGUCCCCAAUCAAAGGAUGGUGCUAACUGAAAUGAGCCUUGACUACUCUAAUAGGGUUUUAGGUUCUCAAAAGGAUAAUGUAAAACAAAUGGACAGAGAUGAGACGCAGCAGAAAGAAAAUAUGUUAUUCUCUUCUCAGGAAUUUGCUGCAAAGCUUCAAAAGGAAAACAUGACACUGAUGAAAGCCCUAGCACACCGAAAUAAACUCGUCGAGUUGAGCGGUAUUGAGAUUCAGAAACUGAGGAUAAACUUACGGAGUGUGCAGGAAAAGAAUUUGCAGCUUGCGCAGGCAAACAGUCAGAUGUUAGCGGAACUCAAUACAAAUAGAGAUAGACUCAAGGAAUUCCAGCAUGAACUUGGCUGCAAGAAUGCAUUACUUAAGGUCAAGAAACAGCUUGAGGAGCAAGCACUUCUAUGUACACAUCAUGAAUCGAAAGACAAGGUUUCAGCAAACGCUUCUGAUGGUGAUUGCAAAUCCUUUCAGGUGCAUGACAUGAAACAUAAAGAUACCAAGAGAAAGCGAACACCAAGGAUAAAACCUUCAGUAAGUGCGGACGUCAAGCCAAUACACGUGACUGAAUCUAACAAAAAAGCUAACAGUAAAAGAAGAGUUUCUGGAGUAAUAGAUACUACUGGUAUCCCCGAAGAGACCUGUCAGACUAAAGAUGACAUUGAAAAGGGGGUUGACAAUGUGGUCAACAAGAAGUUUGUUCCUGAUGCAGCAAACCCGUUAAAAGACAGUGUGCAUCGCAAGAGGCAAUGUACACGAAGGCAAUCUACCAGGUUUGAUGUUCAAGAAACUGAACAAACGGAAAAAUUGCUUGUGAUGGAUGAUGCCAAAGAAAGUAAAGAAACCCAAAGGCUCUCUUUGAAAAGACGGUCUGCACGGUUAAGGCCUGAAGAAGUUGAACCAUGUAAAAGCUUCCGUGAGGGAGACGAAGUUAGAGAGACAAUCAAGAGGAGAAGAGUCUCUUCAAGAUUGUCCGCAAGGUUUGAUAUACAAGAACCGCAUGCGACUGAAACCUCGAAUGCUGAUGUUGCAGGAAGCAUAGUAAUCGAAGAAUCUGCUGGAUCAAGGUCUGAAGCUGUAGAGCCAUCUGAAAGCAGACAUGACACAAAAGAGACAAACCGGAAACACAGUGUCUCAACGAGAAGACAGUCAACUAAGGGUAAAUCUCAAACCGAUGAAGCCAUAGAAGAAAUAGCGACAGACCCAUCUUUGGGCAACAACAUAGUUCAAGAGUGUGGUCACGAAGCAGAAUCGAAGGAUAAGCCUAAGGCUGAUGAAAACGAAGGGAUGACAAGAAGAUCAUCUUUGGGAAGACCUUCGAGACAUGCCGCAGAGAAAGUCCAAUCAUACAGAGAAGUCUCACUUAAAGUGAAGAUGCCACGAAAAUGCUAAAUCUCCAGCAUUGUCUUGUUCUUUUAUAUUCUUAAUCUGCAAAAUUGUUGUUCAAAAGCUUACUUCAUGCUCUUGUAUGACUUUGCCUUCUUCUACUUAAAACGAUAGUGUAAGCUAUAUCAACGCUUCUGUAUUUUGUAGUUACUUUCUUAUGCUAAUUUUUCUUGAAUUAGUAUACUUUAAUUAAAAACUAAGUCGUUAAA